AUGGCGGAAAUCUUAGACAUUCGGAAACCAAUCAUCUUUGAUGAAUCAAUUUCUCACUAUGAGAUUCAUUCACAUCAACCUUAUGCAUCAUCAACAUUUAACAAUAGUGAUGAAAUUAGAAUCAGUAUUCAACAUCAAGACUUAUGCAUCUUACCAAGCAAAAGUUCUCUGCACAUUUGUGGAAGAUUUGUAAAAGAAGAUGGUACCGGCGCAGGUGCAACUAUGAACUUAGUCAAUAUGGCUAUUUGUCAUAUGUUUGAAGAAAUACGCUAUGAAUUAAAUGCUGUUGAAAUUGAUAGAUGUAAAAAUGUGGGUCUUACAAGUAUCAUGAAAAACUAUAUAUCUUUGAGUCCCGGGCAACUCAAUUUAAUGGAGAAUGCUGGAUGGUUGAUCAGUAAUGACAAUUAUUAUCGUAUUGUCAUAAAUGCUAAACAUGAAUUGAUUCUUAUAAGAUCAAAUUCUGAUGUUAAUACAUAUAUACAUACACCUGCUGCCGCUGGUGGUAACGCUGAAAUAGUGAAAGUUCUUUUCAAUAAGGUAGAACGGAAUGUCCAAUAUGUCACAACGUCGGACAAGCAAAAAAUUCAAGUACUCAACUUUAUUGCUAAUGAUCCAGCUAUAUCAAUAAGCUUUCGCACAUGGCAAUUGUAUGAAUACCCACUACUCCCUCGAACAACGAAACAUGUUUGGCCAAUCAAGACUUCGACACAAUUGGAAAAGCCACGAUAUGUGAUCCUAGGACUUCAAACUGCUAGAAAAAAUGUUAUAACGAAAAACGCCAGUCAAUUCGAUUAUUGCAAUAUUAGAGAUGUAAAGCUAUUUCUCAAUUCUCAAAGUUAUCCAUAUGGAAAUUUAAAUCUAAACAUUAGUCGUAAUCAGUAUGCUUUAAUGUAUGAUAUGUAUACUAAUUUUCAAAUGUCAUACUAUAAUAAAGAAUCGAAACCAUUAUUGACAAAAACUGAAUAUUUACAACAAGCGCCGCUCUAUGUUAUCGACUGUUCGAAACAAAAUGAAUCGAUUAAAUCUGGACCAGCUGAUAUUCGUCUUGAGUUUGAAUCUGAUGAACAGUUUCCGGAUCAAACAUCUGCAUAUUAUCUUAUUUUACAUGGUCGUAUAAAUAAAUAUAAUCCAUUAAGUAGUACUGUAAGAGAAUUAACUUAA